AUGGAGCCCUUAUAUGAGGAAUAUCUGGCAGAUUGUGGAACAAUAGUAAAACCUUACUACUGGCUUAAUUUCUCUCUAGUUUGUGCUAAUUGCCCUUACCAUAUUCGAACAGGUGAAGAAGCAAGAGUUCCCUACACAGAAUUUUGUCAGACUUUUGGAUUUCCUUAUGGACCAAUACAUUCUCAAACAAAACACCUCAUAUUUUAUGAACUAAAAUCUUCUUCUGGCAACUUGGUGCAAAAGGGCCAUGCUAGCAGUUGCACUGGCAACCAUAUUCAUCCAGAAUCUAUGCUAUUUGAGACAAAAGGUUAUCUUGACUCAGCCUUAUACAAUAACAACAACAUUGGACAUAUCAUUCUGUAUUCCAACAACUCUCCUUGCAAUGAAGCUAACCACUGCUGCAUCAGCAAAAUGUACAAUUUCUUGCUGAUGUAUCCAGACGUCACUCUUAGUAUUUACUUUUCUCAGCUUUAUCAUACUGAGGCUGAUUUUCCUGCUUCAUCAUGGAAUCGUGAAGCUCUCCGGAGUCUGGCCAGCUUAUGGCCACAGGUCACUUUGAGUCCAAUAAGUGGUGGGAUUUGGCAUUCCCUCCUCCACAACUUUGUGAGUGGUGUCUCAGGAUCAGCCAUUUUCCAGCCCAUCUUAUCUGGAAGAGCACUAGCUGACAGACACAAUGCAUAUAAAAUCAAUGCCAUAGCAGGAGUGAAGCCUUAUUUCACUGAUGUUCUUCCCCAGACAAAAGAGAAUCAGAACAUAAAAGUGCAGUCAGCUUUAGAGAGCUACCCCUUUAACAAUGUCUUCCGGAAACAAUCUUUUCAAGUGUCAAGUGGCCAUUUACAACCCAACCUGACCCCAGGCCCCAGGAUUCCUGUCGUUUUUGUGUUGGUGCCUUUCAGAGACCUACCACCAAUCCAUGUGGAUCAAAACCCACAUAAACCAAGGAAUGUUGUAAGGCACUUAAAUAUGCCUCAUAUGCUAUUCCAAGAAAGCAAGGACCUCAGAAGACCUCUCAUUGGAAGGCCAGUGGAAAUGGUAGACAUAACAGAGCGAUUUGCAAGUAGCAAAGAGGCAAAUGAAAAGAAAAAGAGGAAAGAGAAAAAAUAA